AUGGGUUCUUACGACCCUUUCCCUGCUUCUCCUCCCACCUCACCGCCCAAUGGGUUGAAUGGUCAACAGGAUGGUUAUUCCGCCCCCUUGUUUGUUCAACAGCCAAACAUUCUAUUCAUCAUGGCAGACCAAUUGGCCGCGCCUCUGUUGAAAAUGCAUAACCCAAAAUCCCAGAUCAAGACACCAAAUCUUGACAAGCUGGCAGAACGCUCUGUCGUUUUCGACUCGGCCUACUGCAAUUCUCCGCUGUGUGCCCCCUCGCGGAUGUGUCUCAUGAGUGGUCAGCUCCCUUCGAAGAUCAAGUCCUAUGACAAUGCCUCUUCAAUUGGGUCUGACAUCCCAACCUAUGCUCACUAUCUCAGGUCAGCAGGCUAUGAGACCACGUUGGCUGGCAAGAUGCACUUUAUUGGUGACCAGCUUCAUGGCUAUGAGAAUCGCUUGACUGCGGAUAUCUACCCAGGAGACUAUGGUUGGGCUGUGAAUUGGGAUGAACCAGACCGGAGGUUGGAGUGGUACCACAACAGUAGUUCCAUCUUGCAAGCAGGGCCUUGUGUGAGGACCAACCAGUUAGACUAUGAUGAGGAAGUUCUUUAUAAGUCCAAACAGUACCUCUAUGACUAUGCCAGAGCAGGCCCCGAAAAGCGACCUUUUGCCCUGACCGUGUCAUUCACACAUCCACAUGACCCCUAUGCAAUUGAGGACAAGUACUGGGACCUGUACGAGGGAGUUGACAUCGACCUACCCGACGUCAACAUCGAUGAAGAGGACCAAGACCCUCACAGCAAGCGUCUCAUGCAUGUCUGCGACCUUAAGGGCUACAGAUUCUCUGACGAGCAAAUCAAGCGUGCCAGAAGAGCCUACUACGGAGCCGUUAGCUACGUGGAUGACAACAUUGGCCAAUUGCUUUCAGUCUUGAAGAAAUGCGGAUUGGAUGAAAAUACAAUCGUCAUGUUCUCAGGAGAUCACGGUGACAUGCUGGGCGAGCGAGGCCUUUGGUACAAGAUGUCCUACUUUGAGAAUUCUGUCCGCGUGCCUAUGCUCAUCAGCCACCCCAAGCAAUUCAACCCGCACCGAGUCUCCCAAAGCGUCUCGACUUUGGAUUUGAUGCCAACGCUAGUAGAUCUCGUCGGCGCCAAGUUGAUCCCCGGUUUACCUGUCGACGGUAUCUCAUUGAUCCCUCAUUUGUAUGGUAUUGGUGGUCACGACACCGUCUUCGCCGAAUACAUGGGCGAGGGAACAGCAGCGCCACUGAUGAUGAUCAGACGAGGUGAUUGGAAGUACAUCACUUGCCCAGUCGACCCACCUCAGCUGUUCAAUCUGCGGAAUGACCCUAAGGAGCUCGAAAACAUGGCCACGAGCCAGGACCCAGAGACCCAGGCGAUCUUCAAAGCUUUCGAGGCCGAGGCGCACAAGAAAUGGGACUUUGCAGGCAUCACUGAAGACGUCCUGCAAACUCAGCGUCAACGCAGACUGGUGUGGAGCGCACUCAGCAAGGGUCGUUUCGAAAGCUGGGACUGGAAAGGUGACGCGGCAGACGAUGGUCGCUACAAGUACAUCCGGUCGCAAAUGCCCCUGGAUGAUCUGGAAAGAAAAGCCAGAUAUCCCACCUACAGCUACGUCCCAGCCGACAUGACCGUGAAUGCGAAAGCUGAACUGGUCAUCCGUCAACCUCAGCAUCUGGUCGACAUGGCCACCGCCCCCGCCCACUAUCGCUGA